AUGGGCAUGUUUGUCAUUGCGAAUAUCCUAGGGAGCACCGUCCAGAUAUCGACGCUGCCACUGCCCGUCCUCUCGACGCUCCAGGCCGCGGGGCUGGUGUUCAAUUCAAUAUGCGCGACGCUCAUUCUCAGCGAGCCCUUUACUCGAUGGUCCCUAUGCGGCACCCUGCUGGUCACCGCUGGAGCAGUCUUGAUUGCCAUCUUUGGAGCCAUUCCAUCGCCGGCCCACGAGCUGGAUGAGCUUUUGGAAUUGCUGGCCCGGAAGCCGUUUAUUGUUUGGAUGAUACUCCAGGCAUUCUUUGUCGUGUCGCUGGCUGUUGCUACAGACGUUACCACCCAUCUCUCCAACCUGUCGCACAACGCCAGAUUCCGCCUAAUACGUGGCAUAAGCUACGGUGUCAUCAGCGGAGACCUCUCAGCACACUCUUUAUUAUUUGCGAAAUCCGCCGUCGAGCUCCUCAUCAAGACAAUAGGCGGCAAGAACCAAUUCCUUCGCUGGCAAUCCUGGGCAAUCGUCCUGGGCCUUGUUUCUUUAGCUCUCUGCCAGCUUUACUAUUUGCAUCGCGGCCUGAAAUUAGUUUCCACUUCCGUCUUAUAUCCUCUUGUUUUUUGCGUAUACAAUAUCAUUGCCAUCUUGGAUGGCUUAAUUUACUUCAACCAGACGAGCCUCAUCUCAACACUUCGCGCCUGUCUCAUCACCCUGGGCACUAUCAUUCUUCUGUCAGGCGUCUUGGCCCUAUCUUGGCGGUUAAGUGACGAGCAGCAUGCUCCGGCAGUUGGUCAGUCUUCGUUGGCUCCCGGUCUUGGGCUUGUUGACGAUACUGAGGGUGAGGAAGAAUCACUAAUGGGCCCAGAAGCCACCCCCGAGAUUGAUGAUGAGCUGCCUUCUACGGCAUACCAAACGUUCCCCGUCAUACAUGGCGAUACCGCUCCUAUGACGCCGACGCGCAAGAAGAGUCUGGGUUGGGUGGAGCGGGAUGAGAUCUGGGGAGAGUUACAAGAUCAAGAUGAACCUACCACGCCUUCUGGGCGGCGCCGAUCGAUGACGCUUCCGAUGAGAACCGAAUCAACGCCGCUGCUUCCACCUGUAAAGAGGGCGAUGAGUGGCGUGAGCCUCUCGGGCCAACCAAGUUCCAGCGCAGAUCCUUCUCCUCGAAAGUUUGCCCGCCGUCGGAGGAAGAGUACUGGGUUCCCAGGCUUGGUUGCGCGCCGAAAUCUUCGAAGAGACUCGGCCUUUUCAGAUACCCUUGGUGGCUUAUUCUCGUUGAACUGGCUGAGGCGCCAUAAUAGAAAUACUUCUAUGGGCAGUAUCAGCAUAGAAAACGAAAGCAGCCCGUUGCGUCAAAAUUAUAGAGAUGAUCCGGAAGAGGAAAGAGGUUCAGAUGGCAGGCCCAACGACUCAAAUGUAUGA